AUGAUGAAAAAUUGUAAAAAUAACUCCAAUUUUUUUUGGUGUAAUUUAAAGAAUAAUUUACGAUUAGAUGGUCGUAAUUUUGAAGAUUCAAGAAAUAUUUCUAUAUAUUUUUUAGGAGACUAUGGGAAUGUUGAAGUAUCCAUUGGCCAUACGAAAGUUAUAUGUAGAAUAACAAGUGAAAUUGUUAAGCCAUUUGACAAAAGACCAAAUGAAGGAAUAAUAAAAAUUAAUUUAGACAUAGAUAGUUUUACAAAUAUAAAUAACUUAAGAAUAAGUGAUGACUGUUUAGAAAUAAAAAAUUUAAUAGAAAGAAUAUUAAAGUCAAGUAAUCUUUUAAAUUUCGAAUCUUUGUGUAUUAUACCACAUAAAAAAGUUUGGUGCUUAUUAAUUAACAUUGUAGUAAUUGAAAAUGACGGUAAUUUAUAUGACUCAUGUUAUUUAUCAGCUUAUAGUGCUCUAAUGCAUUUUCGAAAUAAUGAUAUUAAAUCUGAACAUACAGGUAACAUUAUUUUUGAAGAGGAUGAAACAAAUUACUCUCCUUUAUCAAUUCAUAACUCUCCAAUAUUAACAACUUUUGCAUAUUUUAACUGUGAAGAUAUUUGCCUCAUUGACCCAACAAUACAUGAAGAGGAAUUCAUGUCUUCCAAAUUAUCCGUUGCUCUUAAUAAAAAUGGAAAAUUGAUUAGUAUAUUAAAACCUGGGGGUUCUCCCAUAUCUUAUGUAAAAAUACUAGAAGCCAUUGAACUAGCCAAAAAACGAGUUAAAUGUAUUUUAAAAAUUUUAGAAGAUGCACUAGAAGAAGACAAGAAUUUAAGAAAUAAUUUAAAAAAAAGAAAUUUACAUAUUAAAUAUUCAUACAAUCCUGUGCCCAUAAAAUAUGAUUCAGAUAAUAAUUACGAUAAACCAUUAGAUAUACCAUUAAAUCGGUUAUUAAAAAAUAACUUGAAUAUUGAAAGAAUUAUAAAAAAAUAUGAACAGUAUAUAAAAUUACACGAUAUGGAAAAGGAGGAAAAAUUAAUUGGUAAUAAUUUAGCAAGUGAUAAGAAUGAGGUAACAGAUUUUAACCGUCCCUAUAAUAAGCAGCACCUUUUAAGUGAACAACUUCGAAAAAUAAAAAAUGAAUACAGAAUGAAGAAUGAAGAUUGCUUUCGUAGUAUGGGCGCGUAUGAUGAUAAUCAUAUCAAUAAUCCAUACAUGAAUGAAUCUUCAAAUUUUCCUGUUAAAAAUGAGAACAUAUGUCACACGGAAGUAGUUAAAACGAAGAGACAAGAAUGUAGUGACGUAAAUUCUUAUUCCUAUAAUAUGAAGCUUGCAGAAGUGAGAAACAAUGAAGGAAAGGAACGAAUUAAUUUUUCAAGCUCACUAUCGCAAAGCAUAUGUAAAAGAGAGAGGGAUGAAAUUGCUGAGGUAAACGAUAAUAAGGAUAACAAAAAGGAAAACGGUAAGAGCAACGAGAAGAGCAUCGAAAAUCAGUGUUUUAGAGGGCGUCAAAAUUUACACGAUUCUAGGGAAAAUGUGAAGGAGCAGAAAAGCAAUGAGCCAUCAGCUCUUACAAAUGAUGAUUCAUCUGAUAUAGACUUUUCUGUUGCAAUUAGUGAGAAUUUAAAAACAAGGAAAAAAAAAAAAAAAAAUUAA